AAGUACAUUGGGCCCUUUGUGCGAUUCUUCCCUAUUUGGUCAGAAUAUGGUUAUCUACAUUUCAAUGGUCAGUUAGGCCAUUUUCAAACUGUGCAAAACCAAAACCAUGUGAACCGUCGAUCUCGCUCCACUUGGAGCAUUUCAUUUUGUGAAGGACUACUGCUACACUCGAAGUGAAGGAGUACUGCUAAACUCGAGUGUAGCAGUUCAGGCAGUGAUCGGAGACCUUGGUAAACGAAUUUAUCUUCCUUUGGAUCUUCUCAGAAUUCGGGCCGUCUGAAAUGUUUUUUGGAAAUUGUUAACGGAUUUCUUUGAUCCAAAAGAGUGGAAAUGAUUACACCAAUAGGAGUAGCAUUUGCAGUGGGUUUUCUUGGAUGGGUUUAUCAAUCACUGAAACCUUCACCUCCAAAGAUAUGUGGAUCAGAAAAUGGCCCUCCAGUGACUUCACCUAGAGUAAUGCUCAAUGAUGGAAGGCAUUUGGCCUACAGAAUAUUUGGAGUUUCAAAUGAAGAGGCUGAAUACAAAAUCAUUAUGUGCCAUGGCUUCAAUAGCUCCAAAGAUAUGUACUUACCUGCCUCUCAAGAAUUUAUGGAUGAACUCAAGAUAUGUAUAGUAUUAUAUGACAGAGCUGGCUAUGGAGAGAGUGACCCGUAUCCAUCACGUUCGGUGAAGUCUGAAGCAUUUGAUAUUCAAGAAUUAGCAGACAAAUUGCACCUUGGCACAAAAUUUUAUGUAAUUGGAUGUUCAAUUGGAGCAUCGGGUAUUUGGAGCUGUCUGAAAUACAUUCCACAAAGACUUUUAGGAGCGUCCCUAGUGGUUCCCUUUGCGAAUUUCUGGUGGCCUUCAGUUCCUUCAGCUUUAUCACGACAGGCUUUUAGGAAGCUUCCUCAAUCUUACCAACGGACGUUUCAGAUUGCACAUUACACACCUUGGUUAUACCACUGGUGGAUUACACAAAAAUGGUUCCCAACAUUGGGAGCUGAUGGCAUGUUCAGUGAUUCAGAUCUAGAGAUAUUAAAGAGACUGUCCGGAGGCUUAAAUCAUAACCCGGAAAAAGUGGCGCAACAAGGUGAACAUGAAUCACUGAACCGAGACAUACUGGCUGUUUUGGGAAGAAAAUGGGAGUUUGAUCCCAUCAUCGACGUGAACAAUCCAUUCCCUGAUAACAAUGGCUCUGUUCAUAUUUGGCAAGGUUGCGAAGACCGUGUUGUUGCUCUUGAGUUUAAUCGUUUUAUAGCAGAGAAACUUCCAUGGAUUCAGUAUCAUGAAGUUCCUGAUGGUGGACAUCUAAUAAUUCAUGAUGUUGAAAAAUGCGAAGCUAUAAUAAGGGCACUUUUGGCCAGAUGAGUCCAUCCUUGUGGGGUGACACUGCCAUUGUGUACUGUACUGUUGUAUUUUAUUAGUUGCAUUAUAUCCCACGAUAAAUUUCCAUUCAGUAGUGCCAACAAACUGAUCCUCCAGAAGAUUGAUGUAUUCUGAAUUGCAAUUUAUUUUGCUGCUGCUGAUUGUAUCAUGUACCUGGACUGGGCUUAGAACAGCUUUGUUAAGGUGAUAGAUUAUAUUCAAAAUCAAUCUUUGACUUUUAUGCUUUUGAAAUAUAAA